CCAGACUUUGCGUAGUAGUGGUUUCUCGGAGAGCGAUACACCAAGAACAACUCCCACAAGCCCGUGCUGCGCGGUAUCGAGUAAUGUCGUGCACGAGUCAAAAGUAGCGAGCUAACAGCCAUGCCAGUCCAGGAAGGUAGCUCUGAUCGCCAGCCUUAUUCCACCUCAUAUGGGACCUCGUAUUGGAAUCUGGAUGUCUGCUCCUUCAUCAGCGUCCCAUAAGUAAUAGAGACAGGUCCCCAACAGGGACCUCCUUCUUGCAUUCGUUCAUUUUCGCCAUGGCAUCUCUGCGUGACUUACUCCUGGCCGUCAUCAAAUCGCUUUUCCGAGGCCGAUCAUUUCUCCAAGCUUUGUUAGCUUUCUGGACAACCUCGACUGAGUCCUCACCAACCCUACGUGAACCAGCCAGCAAGGAUGGCUCAACCUCUAUCAGCGAUUUCCUCGCAAAAGCCGAGAGUUUGCUUUUGGAUCCUACUCAACCAGACAAGCGUAGAGCUCUGUCUCAAAAGCUGAAGCUUGAGUUUCGUGAGGGCCUCCUCUCCAAUCCGGCUUGCAUGCUUCCAUCGUACCAUACCGAGCUUCCCACGGGAGAUGAGUCGGGUCAAUAUCUGGCUGUUGACGUUGGGGGCUCAACCUUGCGAGUUGCUCUGGUGGACCUCAAGGGCAGAGGUUCUUCAGGAGGUCCAGAGAGCGUCAUCGUCAGCAUUGACACCUUCAAUAUCGACAAUGAUAUCAGAGCAUUGAAAGGCAGAGCCUUUUUUAACUGGAUGGCUGAGAAAAUCUACCAAACUGUGGCAAAAGACAGCAGGCAGGGUCACUGUGCUGAUGACCCGUUAUUGCUUGGGUUGUCGUGGAGCUUUCCAAUUGAACAACCCGCCCCCCAAACCUACCUCCUCCGCCCCAUGGGAAAAUCCUUCCACGCCGCCGACGGCCUCUUGAACCAAAACCUCUCCUCCAUACUCCAAACCUCUUGCCUCCACCACAACCUACACGUCUCCCUUUCAGCCAUAGUAAACGACGCCUCCGCCACGCUCCUCUCCGCAGCUUACUCCCACCCCUCAACCACAACCUUCGGUCUAAUCCUCGGCACAGGCGUUAACAUCGCCGCCUACCUCCCCGUCACCACCAUCAGCCCCUCCAAACUCCCCCCCCGUCCCCAAACCCUCGCCACUCACGUAGUAGUAAACACAGAACUCGGCAUGUUCGGCGGCCCCUCCCUCCCCUCAACAAAAUGGGACAAGACCCUCAAAGCUUCCCACCCAAGACCAGACUUUCAGCCCCUGGAGCAUCUCGUCAGCGGGUUCUACCUCGGCGAGGUGGCCAGGUUGAUUUUGGUCGAUGCAAUCCACGAAACGGGGGCAUUCGGCGGGGUUGUCCCAGAUUCUUUAGCGAGGGAAUACACCCUCGAUGCAAAGACUCUAUCUCUUCUCGAAAGUGACCCUUUCCACUUCCAAACCCUCCACCCUUCCCCCUACCCCCCCUCCCGAACCGACCUCGCCCUCCUCACCUCAAUCGCCUCCCUCAUAACCCAACGCUCAGCCUCCAUCCUCGCCGCCUCCCUCCACGCACUUCACGAAAUAAACCUCGAAGCUUCUUCCCCUCAAAACCAACCCCAGAAGACAACAACAAUAGCCUACACCGGCUCUGUGAUAGAGCACUACCCCCACUACCUCUCCCACUUGCAAUCCUACCUCGACCAACUAACCCUCAACACACCCACCACCUUUAAGCUCGUCCCCGCAAAACAAAGUUCAGUUUUGGGUGCAGCAGUGGCGUUGGCUUGUCUGGAUAAGCAAAGCACGAGAUCCUGAAAAGCCAAAAAGGCCACAAUACAAAAAGCUGAUGAUUAACGCCCCC